AUUAACUCUUAUAUAGUUUAUAAGCACAGCAUAUGAUUUUCUCAUGAGGUCCUGAGCUGCUCCUGAGGCUUGUAACGAGGAAGAAGAAAAUUCACCAGAACAGCAAACAGUGAUAACAAGGAAAAGUUCAAAAGUACAAAAUGCAUAUUGUGAUUAGGAAAUUCCAGCCGUCAGACUUUGAAGCAGUCAAAACAAUAUUUCAAGAUGGAAUCCAGGAGCACAUUAUUCCUUCAUUUAUCUUUGCCAUUUCCCAGCCAUUCCACAUUACUCUGACUCUGUGCUUCUGUAUUGUGGGCUAUAUACUGGGCGGAGAAUCCUUCGGUCUGGCACUGCUGGCUGGGGCAUCCUGGAUUGGCCUAUUGUUAUACUGCUGCUACGAGUUCUUUGCUGGGUAUGUACGACUGAAGCUGAGCACAGACAUGCAGGACAUUACAGGCUAUUACAUUAGAAACCCAGACAACUGCUUCUGGGUUGCAGAAGCUGAGGUGAACGGACGACCCCUGGUGGUGGGUAUGGUGGCUGUAGAGGGAAAAAAGCUUCCAAAUAGUGAUGGGAAAAAAUAUGGAGAACUUUUCCGGAUGAAUGUGUCAUCUAAGAUUCGUCACAGUGGUUUCGGGUCACGUCUGGGGAAAGUUGUUGUGGACUUUUGUAAAGAACGAGGGUUCUCAAAGGUUACGCUUCAAACAACCUCUACUCAGAGAGCAGCUAUCUCCCUUUACUUGAAGAUGGGCUUCAAACUUGUGCAAACCCACACACAGAGUGAAGCUGCUUGGUGGAUCAUCAGGCUGAUCAGAGUUAAGAUUCUGGAAAUGGAGAAAGUUCUUUAAACUUUAAUCCAUUCAUCCAUUCAUAUGGCCAAAGGUUUUUUAUACAGUGGACCUCCUAUGUGCUGGAAAACCUCAAUACUGACAGAAUUUCAGGACAUCAAUGCUCUAUACCUAAGUAAUAAUUUAGGUAUGUCAAAGAAAAGGGCAAAUAUUUUUAGUCAAAUGUUUUUACUAAUUAAAUAAAAUUGCAAAUAAUUUCACAUUUAGUACACGGUAAUAUGUGUCUGGUUCCAUGUAGUUAAAAAAAAAAAGUUAUGGAAAUGUUAAGGAAGCUUUAUAUAGUCACUAUAGCAUGUAGUUACAUUUUGGAUGUCUACCAAAAAGAGAUUAAAUAUUAUCUUAGAAAAGCACUGCAUUCUGUUACAUAGUUCUCACGUCACAAUGAGAAUCAGCAGAAAUCUGAUAUAAAUUGUAUAGUAGAGAUUUUAUUUGAUGCUCUUGAGACAAGACGUUUAGCAGUAAUAUUAAGAGAAAUGAACUUAAUGACUACUUAAUAAAGAAGUAAUCAUUUCAAUUAAGUAACAUGGCAUAUGUAAAGGACUUCUAUUACUCCUUUAACCUACUACAUCUAUCAUUUUUGAGAUGAUUAUAAGUAUAUUGAGAUAAAAUAACCUCAGUCUGUGGGAAAAUAUGAUAUGCAAAUGUAAUCUAUAUACAAAUGUAAUUUAAUCCUACAGAUUUAAUUUUGACAUGUUUUAAAAAGUAUUGAAGCACAUAUCAGUGAUUAUCAAUAAAGGCCUUAUUGACAGAGGUCAACAAAGUGUCCAGACUUGUUUGAGCUGACAGAAAGGCUACAAAAUCUUCAUAUAACUGUUCUAUACAAUUCUGGUGAGCAGAAAAGUAUCUCAGAAUGCACAACACAUCGAACCUUGAGG